AUUAUUCCUGCAUGGAGGCAACAACAACAACAAUUCUUCGCCAAAACUACUUCAUAUUUUAAAAACAGGCUGUCUAUAGGACAAUAUCUAGUCCUUGCUAACGAGACGGUUGGUUGUCAUGGCUGUCGCGGAGCUGGUGGCAAAAUGCUUGCAGGCACGGGAAAUGGCUUACUGUCCGUACAGUGGGUUUCCAGUCGGUGCCGCCAUUUUGACUACAGGGGGCGCCAUAGUCACUGGCUGUAAUGUUGAGAAUGCCUCUUAUGGUCUUACCGUAUGUGCGGAGAGAACUGCGAUACAGAGAGCGGUCGCAGAAGGCUACAGAAGAUUUACAGCCAUAGCUGUCACAUGUGAUAUCAAAGAUAGUUUUGUGGGACCGUGCGGAGCUUGCCGACAGGUAUUAAUGGAGUUUGGCACUGAAUGGGACGUUUACCUCACUAAGCCAGAUGGAAGCUAUAGGAAAACCAGUCUCAGAGAUCUCUUGCCUUUAGCUUUCACACCGGCUCACCUGCAAAAGAACUGAGUGCAAUAACCCUUUUGGUUUUUAUGUGUUGGGAUUUGAUUUGCUCUUUGAUCUAAAAUGUGAAGAAUGUGAAUUUCCUUGUAAUAUAUGCUUGAGGAGUCUGCCUAUUAGCUAUAACUGGCCUGUGUUGAUGUUAGGGCCCAAAUGUGAAAAUUCUCUCAUCGUUUACUCACCCUUUGUUUCUGUUAUGUGCCUGGGGGUGUUGCUUUGUUGUUCCCUCUACCCCUUUCUGUUUUUAUUUGCUGUCUGCUAUCCUUUUUAAGAUCUUAAGCUAUCCUUCUCAAACCUUAAUGUGUUUCUUUCUUCUGAUGAACACAAAGAAGAUAUUUUGAAGAAAUCUGGAAACCUGUAACCAUUGUUUUUUGUAGCAUUUAUUUUUCGAAAGAUAAAGGUUACAGGUUUUCAGCUUUCUUCUAAAUAUCUUCUUUUGUUUUUAACAGAAGAAAGAAACUCAUAGAGGUGGGGAACCACCUGAGGGGGAGUAAACGGUGCAUUUUCAUUUUUAGUUAAAUCCUGCCUUUAAAGUCCCCAUGAACUGGAAGCUGUGGUUGUUAUUCUUUUAAUACUCUGCCGCAGUUCCUUGAGAAGCUGAAUAUUAAAUGAGAAAACAGUGGGUGUCUUUGUGUUUUCCGCUGCAAGCUGAUUGGAUGCAGUAAAGUAGGCAUUUUAUUCAUAAAGAUGGGGAAAGUGUUUGAGGAGAGUUAUUACAAGAUACCUCCUGCUCACCUUUUCUGUUUGUUGUCAAAACUGACCGUUGCAGCAGCAUGGUUAAAUAUGUAAGCCACAACCAAUUCCUAAGAUAUACAAAACCUGACAAUUUAACUGAAAACCAACAGGAAGUUCAUUUUCAGAUUUAAAUUAAAGAUUAUAAGGGCAAACUAUUUUUCAUUUUCUUAAUGAAAGAUGAAUUGUUCACCACAAAACUAGCAAUGUGAACUACUGUAACAAAAUCAUAUGGUGAGUUUUGAUUUCUUGGGGACUUUUAAGGCCAUUCCUGUCACAACAUCACCACUAGAGAGCACUGCACACCCUGAAAUGUUCUCAAGCCUGUGUUCAAAUCCAGUCCAUGAUAAUGGCCAAUGAUUCCAGUGUUCCUAGUUUUGUUGAAUAUCAGAUACAUAGACAAAAUAAAUAAAAGGUAAAGGUUAUUUAAACCUGUAGAGUUAUGCUUUGUUUUUUUUAAAUAUUUCAACACAUAUGCUUCUGUUGUUUUUUAAGAAAGUCUAAACCAGGGGUGUCCAAACCAAAGAGCUUAGACUCACAAUCAUGAUUCUGUGCUCUUUGUCCAAACUCAGUCCUACAGGGCCUGAAUCAGAAAGAGCUUCAGAAUCAGAACGAGCUUUAAUUGCCAGGUAUGUUUGAGUAAUUACACAUACGAGUCAUUUGUUUUCGUGACAGAGCUUCUACAGUGCAACAGAAUGACAGAGGCAGGACAAAAACAGAUAAUAAAUAUAUUUUAAAAAUAGAAGUAAAUAUUGAAUGCAAAUAUACAAAUGGACAAGUGUAUGUGCAGGUAUAUCACUCUAUACAAUGUUAUAUGUACAGCUGUUAUGUGCAAAUUGUAAAGUAUGUUAAAUAAAUAAGUGUUUAUGUGUACAAAAA